UGGCUUCCAGUUCAUGACCAAGUUUUUCUGCCAGCUUCGUCGUCGCGCGCUCCGUCACCUUGUGGGCCUGAAGAGGAUCCUUGGGGCCCCUUCUCCCGGCGAGACUUUUCCGCAUUGACCUCACUUUCGUCAUUCCUUUUCCGCAGUUCAAGUCAAUCCCCUCGUCUUCUUCUCUGUUUUCUUGGUCAAUUGACGCGUCUCUCGCUCUCCAUCCCCCCGUUCUCUUAGCUAUCAUCAUGUCGUCCAUGUCCAUCACCACCUCAUCGACUCUCCUCCCCUCCCCUACCCCCUCGACACACAUCUCCGACGCCUCGGCAUACACGAGCGAUUCGCACGAGUCGUCGUGGGAAAAGGCGCAUUACCUCUCCCUGACGCUCUGGGACAUUGAGCGCGAGUUCCAAAAGUCGUACGAGGCGUACGAGCAAUGGCGAAGCAAAACCCAGCGGAAGCAGAAGAGGAGGUCGAAAUGGGUGGUGAUGUCUUCGUUCCGGACGAGGAAGCUCGAGGAUAAGUUGGCCAAGGUGCUGCGACUGGGGCGUGCGGUGCGGGCACUGCUGGAUAAAGGCAUCGAUGAGUUUGGAGCCAGGUUCGAGCAGGGCGACUCGACAUGCAACGCCAUCCUCUCCUCGCAGCUCCUCCGCGUCCAGCACGAAAUCAGAGUCCCCAUCGAGGACUGCGCCCUCGCCCGCUUCUCCAUCCCUCUCCCCCGCGACCAACUCCUCACGGCAGCCAAAGGCGUCCGGCGCACCUGCCUGCUCGCACUGCGCGACCUGUACUCACGCCUCCAACAUCCCCCGACCACGACACCAUUCCUCCCACCGCCCCGCUUCUCCGUCAACUUCUGCCCCUUUGCGCGCGAGCUUCAGCAGCAGCAGCAGCAGGACCCAAAAAAGUCCGGAGGCGCCAACGAUUUCCCAUCCCGCAAGGUACGACGUCGAGGGGCCCGCUACGACGAACGCGAAGCAUGCCCGCAUUGCGCCGCACACAUCGCAGUGACCAUGCACACGGGCCUGCCAAACUACCGCCGCCUCCUUUUCCAGUCGCACCUCCUCCCAUCACCACCUAUACCGGGCCCUCAUGGGAGUCGAAAGAGCGAACGCCAACGGAACCGCCAGCAGGCGACAUUCGCCUGCACGAGCUGCUACAAGACGUUUGAGGACUCGUACGGCUUCCUCGACCACGUCUUCCAGAGGGACAUUGGCAGCGAGCGCAGCUGUCUGAAGCGGUGGAGUGGUAGCAGCAGUAGCACAACAACAACACCGUGGCAGUGGCAGUGGCAGCACUGGAACCAGUUUGUGUUCGAGAGCGACGACCGGGCCCUCGUGGAUAAAUGUCUGCGCAACUGCUUGAAGAGGGAGGCGACGCGCGCAAAGGGAUUGAAGCUGGCGAAUGCAAAGAUCCUCGAGGGUUGAUCAGUCAGACCAGGGACCCAACCAUAUACAACUGUUGAUGUCUUUCACGCCUCAUGGACGAUAUAUAUACACCCCAUUUCAGUUCUUCCUUGGCUACUUCCUUCGGAUUCACUCGCUUUUCUUCUUUCUCAGAUUUCGCAACGCAACGCACGCGCCCGUGCCAUUUCCUUUGUUGGAUGAUCCAUGUAAUUUUCUGAUACUCUUCUCUUCUCGAACUUGUAUUUAUUAAGCAUACCUUGAGGUUCCAAUGCCUUGGAAGCCAAUAUCCAUUCAUUGCGAUC